UGUACAGUAUGUAAAUAUUGUACUUUCAGAUAUGAUUAACAAUUAUUACUGAUUGAAAUAUUGAGCUUAACUGAUAAUACUUCAUAAAUUGACAAUUAAUGCAUGACUUAUAGAAAGGUAAGCAACAUGAAAUGUGACAUCUACAUUCUGACAUGUGUUACAGUUUUGUUUACAUACUUGAACUGACAAUUUACCUUUUAUAAAUAACUGUAAAUACACGAUAAAGAAACAUAUCAAGUUUACACAUUAAAACAACACUAUUAAAUUGAUAAUUACCGUGAUUAUUUUCUGAUACAUCAUUGAAUGCAAGGUGAAGAUAACGAACAGUGAUCAAUCUCAUAACUCCUACAAGCAAUACAAAAUAGAUAGUUGGGCAAACACGGACCCCUGGACACACCAGAGGUGGGAUAAGGUGCCUAGGAGGAGUAAGCAUCCCCUGUUGACCGGUCACACCCGCCGUGAGCCCCAUAUCCUGAUCAGGUAAACGGAGUUAUCCGCAGUCAAAUCAGAGCGCCAAGAACGGCUUAACAAUCGGUAUGAAACACGUCAGACAGCAUUUGACCCAAUGCGAGGUUGUAUUGACGAACUAGAUCGUUAUAACGACCACAGAAUUUGCGAAAUGCUGACUUCAAUCGAGACUCUUGAAAUCCCUGUACCAUCAACUUGUUUGUCAGUAGCUUACCUCGAUUUAAAAACUGACUAUACCCAGAACAAGCUCUUGCAUAUCGAAUCAGUUGAGAUAUAUAAACACCAUAUGCAGGUGAUAAUGGAAUAUUGCUACAUAAAUGUGGGAAGUUGACGAUGGAGAAGCUGAAAUCAUCCCGUUUGUCAUACAGUUGAGAUGUCAGUUUGCCGUUAAUGUCUACUUUCAAUAAAAUAUCUAAGUAUGAAGUAGAAAAGGACGAUUCUGUGGUGUCCUUUAUUUCGAGCUCACAGGGAUAUAUCAAAUUGACAUAUGAAUGAAAGCUGUCAUUGUUAAUAGACAAAACGUCAUCGAUAUAUCUAAAAGUCGAAUUGAAGGUCACAGCGAGAGAUUUUUUCUUCUCACGUAGAAGUUUUUGAAUAAAUUCUGCUUCAUAUGAAUAUAAAAACAGGUCAGCUAACAAAGGAGCACAAUUCAUGCCCAUGGGAAUUCCAACAGACUGUUGGAAGACCUGAUCACCAAAGACCACGAAGAUAUUGUCAAUGAGGAACUCUAGCAUAUUUUUUAUUUCAACUUCAGAGUACUUGUGCGUGGAAUCAGAGUGGUGUUUAACAAAGUAAGUUUUUGAAUGACUGAUCACUAGAUAUGAAUAUUUCCGUUUUUGUUGAAGAAGCAACUGUCUAUGAUGUCAAAAAGUCUAGUCUUUAAUUUAUCGUGAGGAAUGGUCGUGUAUAGUGUUGAAAAGUCAUAGGUUUUAAUGCUAUUGAUUUGGGGAAAAUUCUGUGAUUUCAAGUUUACUAAAAGUUCUUUAAAAUUUUUUAGAAUCCACAUUUGAUUAACACCACUUCUGGCAUAUGUAGUCGCACAGUAAGUUUGUAGUUUCUCCUUCACAGCUGUUAACAUUUUCGUGAGGAGCAAAGAUAGGGGCUUGGUAGAGCACUUACUGGAUCCAGCAAUGUAUCUUUGUUUGUAAGGGUUUUUAUGUAGUUUAGGAAUCCAGUAUGGGUACGGUAACUCAUAUUCAUUCGACCCAUUGACUGGAAUAUUAAAUGUGUCUAAAACUGAAGCAUGGUUUUGAAGAAUUUCGUCUUUUGAAUAUAAGAAAACAGCUCAAGCACACCACAGUGAGUACAGCAAAUAUGGCGCGUUUCAAAUCAGGUCAACAUAAAAAAUUACUUCCUGACAAAAUUGGAAAACCUAUUUACAUACAAUCAGAUUAAUUUGGAAAAUUGAAAUCAAAUACUUUACACCGGCCCCUAAAAUAUGUUCCUAACCUUAACAUAUUUUACAAUAUAUCAUUUGUGAAACCAUACACUACUGUGAAAAGUCAUUUAGGUUCAACAACAAUACAGCAGUUUUCACUUGUACAGCACUUAAAUUUCAAUGUCCGAUUCCAGAACAAGGCAAAGUUUCGAAAUGGGUCGCAGUAAAGUUGUCGAUGCUGUUUUUACCUUCGCAACACGCACAGUGCCAUUAGAAUCAGAUUGCACUUCAAUUACUCUUGCCAGAUUCCAUUUGUUUCGUGAAGUAUUUUCAACGAUUAAUACGAGAUCCCCAAUCUGCAGGUUUCGCUUAGGUUUCAACCAUUUCUGUCUUCUCUGGAGAAGAGGUCAAUAUUCCUUGGUCCACCUUGCCCAAAAUACAUCCGCAAGAUACUGUAUUUGUCUCCAUCUUCUCUUCACGUAACUAUCAGUCUUCAAGAAGGUUCCUGGAGGAAAAUGCUCACCCGGUUUCAAGAGAAGAAGAUGAUUUGGCGUAAGCACUUCUAAAUCAUUUGCGCUGUUAGGAGAUUCUACAAGGGGUCUUCCAUUGAGGACUGCUUCUACUUCUGAAAAUAGUGUCUGUAGUCCUUCAUCAUCCAAACGUAUAACCUGCUCUUGCAUGAUUGAGUAUAGGACCUUUCUUACUGAUCGUAUGAGUCUUUCCCAGAAUCCUCCAAAAUGGGAAGCUGAAGGUGGAUUAAAUUCCCACUGGAUCCCUUUUUGCAACAACUGAUUGUGAAUCUUGUCUGAGUUCCAUGCUUGUAUCGCCUCUCUGAGUUCCUUCUCGGCACCAGUAAGGUUAGUUCCAUUGUCUGAUCUAAUGAAGUUUGGUUUUCCUCUCCUUGCAAUAAACCUACGUAUAGCAUUGAAUCUGUAUCUAAUGAAAAUGCCAUCUCUAGAUGAACUGCACGUGAAACCAUACAGGUGAAGAUCACUCCAUAUCUCUUAACAGUACUCCUGCCUCGUUUCAACUCAAAAGGACCAAAAUAGUCCAUUCCAACAUUUGAAAAUGGUGGCUGGUCAGGCUGUAGUCUUUCUUUAAGCAAAUCUGACAUUUUUUGCUGCAAAACUGGAGAUUGGUACUUCCGACAAAUUACACAUUUUGAAGCAAUGGAUUUGUAUAGAUCCGAGGCUCCCAAAAUCCAAAAUCGUUGCCUAAGGACAGCCAAAGUUGAAUUAUUUCCUAAAUGGCCAGUAGAUUUAUGGGCAUCCUCUAUGAUAAGUCUGGAUAACUUUGAUGUUUUUGGGAGUAUAACCGGAUGUUUUGCUUCAAAUGACAGACGUUAUCUAUUUACGUUUUGGAAAAUUGAAAUCAAAUACUUUACAAGUGCAAAAGACCGCCGCGGUGGUCGAGAGGUUAGAGCGUUCACCCUGCAUGCAGAGGGCCGGGGUUUGAAUCCCGGCCGUGACAGACCCGAGUCGGUAAAAAGGGGAGUGACAGUUCCAUCGCCAAACGCUCGGCAUCAGGUGUGAAUGUCACAGGUCCUCGGAGAUAUGACCUUUAAAACGGGUAACCUGUAUCACAGAAGGUGUGGCACACUAAAGAACCCUGCACCGAGCAUAGGCCCAAAUUUGAAGCCCUUCAUCGGUGUUGGUGACGUCUCCAUAUGAGUGGAAAAUUCUUGAGCGAGACGUAACUUAAGCAAAAUACAACCAAUCAAGUGUAAAAAGGUCAUUAUUUAUUUCCAUUACUAGUAUUAUACUUCUUUUUUUUUUUAUCUGUAGUGUUGGAGCGCACGGAACUCUGGGUAUUUUAUGUAAUGAUUGAUUUGUGUUACUUGCAUGUAUGUUGUAUUGACACCAACAGACAAAUCAAGUUUAACUGAAUAAAUCUUAAGUGCAAAAGGAUCAUGUUUAGAACACUGUAGCUCAAUAACAAGCGUUGCAACCCCAUUUUUUCUUUUUAAUUUCCUAAUUCACCUUUAAUGUAGAAAUCAAAAAUAUACUUCCCCAAAAAUUGACAUUACUCCAAAUCUCAGGUACGAACUUCUUUAAUAUACAUACGUGGUAUCAACAUUUCGUUGAUCAUAUGCCAGAAGUGGUGAUUCAACGUACCUAUACAGAUACAUAUACAUACUUCGCAUAACGUUGUUUACAGCCAUUUGCCGAUUCGGACAAAGUUUGUACCUACUUUCGAUUUUAAAAUAGCGUAAAUUUUAAUCGGGAUCGGCACACCGAACUUUGUUACUUUCGAUUCGAAGAUUCCGAUAUAUAGGUCAAAUAGGAUGUCGAACUCCACAGGUGUUGCAGGAAAAGUUUGACACAUUACCAUAGACAGUGUUAUGCGAAAAUUACUUUCAAACGUGGUAGCAGUUCAGAGGGUCAGCUGCUUUUCCACAUCAGCUCUCCGUAUGUCUGAAGUCAGAAUAUCGGCCACUCCACAAGAAGCAUUGGUGGAUGAGAAAAUCCACAUCCAAGUGGAUGGUCUGCCCAAGAAUGGCCCUGUUACAAUCAAAGCCUCUCUACAAGAAGGGAAGCUAAGGUUUUCAUCCUUUGGAUGUUAUACUGCUACAGAUCAAGGUCAUGUGAUUGUGGAGAACCAGUCUUCUGUACAAGGAACAUAUACAGGAGUGGAACCGAUGGGCUUAUUUUGGAGCAUGAAGCCUGAACCUUCUGAGAGAGAGAAUGUGAGACUGCAAAAAAGAGAUGUGACCACACCAAUGGUUGUGACACUGUCAGUGUUGGAAGGCCACCACUCCUGGGGAAGUUUGUUUGAUCCACCCCCAGAACCUCUUACUACAUUAGAUUUGUACAGAUGGUACAAACAUAAAAAUGUCCGACGAGAGAGAGUGAGGCAUGGGAAUGUUAGGGGUGUACUGUUCACUCCUCCGGGACCUGGGCCAUUUCCUGGAAUGAUUGACAUGUUUGGGAGUGGAGGGGGACUAUUCGAUCAUCGAGCAGCAUUGUUGGCAUCCAGAGGGUUCUCUGUGUUAGCGCUGCCAUUUUUUGCAUAUGAAGAUUUACCACAUAAUCUCACUGAAAUUUCACUGGAUUAUUUCAUUGAGAGCACUGAAUGGUUUGCUGGGCUACCACACAUAAAGAAUGAUGGCGUCUGUGUAAUAGGCCUGUCCAAAAGUGGAAUGUACGCAUUGGAGCUGUGUAGACGAGUGCCACAGGUCAAAGCUGUAGUCGUGGUGAGUGGAGUACCUAUAUACUGUCACCUUCCUCUUAAAUACAGUGGUGGAGACAUAAUGAACUCAGAAUUUAGGUUAGAUAAGAUGAAGAUGACAUCAGAGGGAAUGGAUAUGACAGAAUGCUAUGAGACGACUGAUGAGUACUACAUAAGAGCAUGGGAGAGUGAAGCAAAUGUGCUGUGCAUUGUGGGAGAAGAUGAUAGGUGUUUGAAAUGCACCAUUAAUGAGCAUUUUAUGGAACUGGUGCCUGAGGAACAUAAACAUCGGUUUCAGUUGAUAAAGUACCCUAAGGCUGGUCACCUCAUAGAGCCUCCAUACUCACCUCACUGCAGAAAAUCCUUCCAUAAAAUAUUUGGUUUUGAUUUUCUGUGGGGAGGAGAAACAAAGGCCCACAAUGAUGCACAGGAAGAUUCAUGGAGGAGGAUCCUAGAAUUUCUUUCCAACCAACUAAAGUGUGAUAAACUGACCAACCACUCCCUACAAACAGACAGUAAAUUGUGAGACAAAGAGUGUUGAUAUUGUGAAGCCACGGAAUUAGUACUGCUUUUUUACAGUUGUUACAUGUUAGCAGAUUAUACAGACUGUAAUGUCUAUAAAAUAUACCGGUGACCAGAAAAUUAUUUAUACAAACAGGGAGAUAUGAAAUAUACUUCUCCAUGACUGUAAGUCACUUAUAAUAAAACAAAAUAAAAAAA